UAUUUUUUGAGUCGUUUUGGAUAAUUUUUGUUCGUUUUUUAUCAUUUUUUUUAAGACAAUCCAUAAACCUUCGUCCACUUGAGUGUUAAGUGUCAGGAUGUGGUUCUGCGCGAUGCGAUUUUCAUUCCGUUUUCUUUCCUUUGGAUGUCGUGAGCCAUCUAUGUGUAUAUGUAUGUGCGUGUCUUUGUGGCAACAAAAUAUUAGGGAUGGACUAGUCAGAAAUCACUAGAGAUGUUUUACUUGAUGUCCUUUCUUCUCGGCUACUGGCUACUGCAAGGGGAACCGACGCCUCACCGCCUCUCAUGUUAACCACUCGAGACUGUAUUCUGAAACAUCUGUAUGUCUUGUUCCGACUAAUUUGAACUGACUCUAGUGGAAGUUAAUUUCAAAGGUGUUUUCAUGAUUCCAUCUCAACAAGCAUUCUGUGUCUUGUAUUUAAGGGGAAGUACUUGUGAGUCUUAUAUUGGUCUUUCGCUUAUACAUGAAGCAAAUAAUCUUGACCUGUCCCUUGUGAAGUCAUUUCAGACAGUCUCCUAUUGGUGGAGGGAAGGAGCCCCGUAGCCAGUAGCCCUCGCGUCCUGUGGCUGUGGUGUAGGAUGCUUCAGUGUUUUCUAAAAUGGAGCUGUUUCAGAUUUUUCGAAACUUUACGCUUUUAUGAAACUCUAUAGGGGCGUUGGUGAUGAGAAUGUGAUCUUCGACAUAUUCGACAAUUCUAGAUGAGAAAGUACAUUACUUUUCCCUCCCAGAGUACGAUGUAUAAUUUUUUUCUUUCUAAUACUAUGAUUUUGUGUUUCGAAGCUUCAGAUUUCUAAGUUUAUGGUGUAUUCUCCCUUAUUUGCUACCAAAGCUCGUAUGACUAAGAAUAAAUUAAUUUUUUUUUUCUCAAACAUGGAAUACUGUCUUUCAUACCUUUGAAUCUGAAACUGCUUCGUAAUUUAUCAAAGCUUCACGCUCGCUUUCCUCGAACUACGAGCAGAAAUAUACUCAACAUUCAGCCUUUUCAUCUUUGAUACCUGAUGAAAUGAGUAACAACUUAAGAAAUAAAAAAAAAAGUUACAAAAAAGAAGAAACAAAAAAGAAAAAAAAGAAAAACCUAUUGAAAAUUAUUAUGGAACCAGUCGAAACUGAAAUGGGAAGUAGAUUAAUUGAAAAAAUGCGCUUGUGUUACGUUGAACUGAUCCGGUGCUUGUGUGUUGCGUUGCUGGCUGUUCUGUUUGAGGUGCUUACGUUGACCUGACAGUCGCAGCGGGAGGCUCACUGAGAGCUGGGUGCGCUGUCUGUAUUGGAAAUUGUAUAAACACCAACACCACUUUUUUUCUGGAGCUGCCUGUCAAGAAUAGAUCAUUUGUUAAUAUUUAUCGUUUUCUUUCUCUUUUUGCAGAAGAGUUUCUUGUUGUAUUAGUAAAAUGAUCCGUUAUUUUAAGCAUUUAUCGUUUAGUAUUCUGAAUUUUGUUGAUUGGUUUAUUUUAUUAGUAAACUUGUGCACUAUUUCAACCUUUAUAAUUUUUAUUCUGUUUUUGCUGUUAAAAUUGUUGUUCUAUUAGUAAAAUGCUUUUUUUUUUUUAAUAUUUAUACGUUAUUUCCUAUUCUAUAUUUGCAGAUAAAUUCAUUGUUGUAUUAAAAAUUCUUAUAUAUUGAUAAUACAACUAUUUUGUUAAAAUUCUGAGACAAUGUUUACAAAUAUACAAACUUUAAGAUUAAAUACUAAACCGUUCGUUCGUUUAAUGAUUUUAAAAGAUAAUGAAUAUAAAAAAAAAGGUAUUGUUGACUCUGUGUAUAUAAGAAAUAAAGCCAUAUAAUAGAUGUUGAUUUUAAAAAGUUUUGUCUAUAUGAAUUUUACGAGAAAGUGAGCAAUAGGAAGUUGAUAUUGUACUAUUGAGUCUAUUGAAUGUUUAUGAGCAAAGUGACGGCGGCUGUUGGAAAAAAUUAUUGGAACUUAUGUAGAAUUUUAUGUCUGAACUUCGCUUUUGAAAGAUUUUUUUUUUUUUACUUUUUUGCAUAACUUUUCAUAAUCAUAAAUCUUGUCAUUCUCUCUCUCUCUCUCUCUCUCUCUCUCUCUCUCUCUCUCUCUCUCUCUCUCUCUCUCUCUCUCUCUCUCUCUCUCUCUCUCUCUCUCUCUCUCUCAUUAUAAUCAGUAGUCUGUAGGGAGAAAAUUUUAUCGAUAGACGAGGCAAAAAAGUAAAGAAAAAAAAUUAAUGAAUAUAUAUAUAUAUAUAUAUAUAUAUAUAUAUAUAUAUAUAUAUAUAUAUAUAUAUAUAUAUAUAUAUAUAUAUAUAUAUAUAUAUAUAUUUUUUUUUUUUUUUUUUUUUUUUAAAGUAUAAAUUAUUAAUGUGCAUAACAUAUUUCCUUUCCUUGAAAGCUUUACCCAUUAAUUCCCCAUCAUCCCCUUCACUACCAUACAUCCAUACACCCCGUCCCUCCCUCCCUCCCUCCCUCUCUCUUCCCCACCCUCUCUACUCUGUAUUUGCAAGCAUAAGAAAAGUAUAUUUGUAUUAUUUGCAUACAUAUCUAUACAAACUUAGACCAGAAAUUGAAUGAAAUGAAAACGAAAGUGGAAAAGAAAAGUUGAGAAAAAUAUUUAAGUAGUAUUUUUUUCUCCGUUUUUUUUUUUCUGAAAGUAGUGUGUUGUGUAGCGAUAUAUUUUGAGAACAGGUGUAUUUUUUUUCUGUGUGUGUCCUAAUUAACCUGUGUGUUAGAAAGGCCCUUUUUAUUAUUAUCAUUAUUAGCUCUCGUUUUAUGUCUCACAGGGUGACGGUAAUGAUUGUGAUAACUAAUAAAGGGAAAAAAAAGAACAGCUCAAGGAUUAUACUAUUAUUAUUAUUAUUAUUAUUAUUAUUAUUAUUAUUAUUAUUAUUAUUAUUAUUAAGGAAGUGUUGUCAAUGAUUAUAUUUCUUUCAGUAAUGUCAAUGAAAGAAUAUAACAUACAAAUAUUUAUUCAAGGUAAAUUUUGUAAUAAUAUUCUUGAUAAUUGUGAUUCAUGAUAACUAAAAAAAAGAAAAUCAUUCAUUCAUAAUUAAAAUAAUGGCAAUAACAACUACAUGUCUAAUUAUACAUUUUUCUAUUAUUAUUAUUAUUAUUAUUAUUAUUAUUAUUAUUAUUAUUAUUAUUAUUAUUAUUAUUAAGGGGCCGAAAAAGAUAAACACAAAUAUAAAUACAGCUUUCAUUAUUAUCAUUAUUCAUUUUAUUUAUUACUAUUGCUAUUAUCAUUCUUAUUUUCACUUUUAUUUAUUUAUUUUUUUAUCAGCACUACAACCACUCGAAACAUUCCAAACCAGAGUGAAAAAUUUCAGUAUAUCUGUGUCUAUAUUUAUCGUUCGCCCCUCUCCCGCCACGUCUGAUAUAAUGUAUAAGUGAAAUGAACUGAACAUAAAAAAAAAUAUACAUAUAUAAACAAAAUGAACAUGUGAGAAAUUUAAUAUUUUAUGGCAUCAUGGUAAUAAAAGAUAUGAUCCUG